UAUAAAAGCUAUCCGAUAGUGACGAAGCAAUAGCAGUAACAAACCCUUCACGUUACAGUUAGGAUCCCACAAUGUCUGAGGAAAAGCCCCAUCUGGUACCUUCCUGGCUUACUAAGGACUAUGUCCAAGAGAAGCUGAGCGCCUACUUUAAAACCGAUUCCCUUAAGCUUGAAAAAUUGAAUAUCCAGCCGGCUAUUGCGAAUGGAGAAAACUACGCCAGUGUGAUGACCCGCAUCAAUGUGGAGUACACCACGAAUGAAUCAAAGGAAAAGGUGGUCACUAACUUCCUGGUAAAGACCACAUUUCCCGACAAAGAUCCGGUUUGCCAUAUGCUUAUAAAAUAUGGAGUCUACACGCGGGAGAUGGACAUGUAUGAACGGAUUUUGCCCAAGAUGGCGGACUUGGUAAAGGAGGAGAUCCAGGAUCCUCGGAGGUUGUUCGCAGGUACUAUUAACGUCGAUAAAACAACGGAUUCGAUCAUCUUCGAGGACCUUUCGUUGGAACACUACAAAGUGGCUUGCCGGCUAAAGAAACUGGAUCUGGAGCACACUCAUCUGGUUUUGGAGAAACUGGCCAGCUUCCAUGCCGCCGGAGCAGUUCUGGCCGAGAGGAAACUGGGCUUCUUCAAGGAAAACUAUGAUCGUGGGUUCUACAACAAACAUACCCGGGGCUACCAACCGGUCAUGACGAAUCUUCUAAAGGCCCUGUCCCGAUCCCUCAACUUUGAUCAGGAGCUUCGCCAACGCUACCAGGCGAAGAUUGACCGACUUGUCGACCGCGUGAUGGUCUACGGAGAGCGCUCGACCACCAACAAUCCCGGGGACUUUGUUACCCUGACUCACGGGGAUCUGUGGACCACCAAUGUUAUGUUCCAGUAUGAUGGCAAAGGUCAUCCCACCAAUGCCAUCUUCAUUGACUUUCAGUUUAGCGUGUGGAAUUCUCCGGCCAUCGAUCUGCACUAUUUCUUCUCCACAUCCAUACACGACAACCUCCGCCUCCAAGAUCAGCCGAAACUGAUCCAAUUUUACUACUAUAAACUGAAAGAUGCUUUACAAAAAGUCAAGUAUUCGGGUCAUAUUCCGAGUUUGUUUGACUUUCAGUUACAGUUCCGGUCCAGAGCCUUCUAUGGUGCUUUUGCUUCCAUGAUGUUCGAGCCCUUUAUGCUGUACAAUGGCAAGGAGGAGGCUUCCCUGGAGCAGAUUAUUUCCGAGGACAAGAGUGGAAUGAGGUUCAAGGAUGAUGUGUUUCAGCAGGAGGACGUCAUCAAAAAGAUGCAUCUUACACUUCCCUAUCUGGAGCAGUGGGGAUUAUUGGAUGAUAUGUAAUCUUUUUUGUUGGAACUCAGUAACAAUUUAAUAUAAGGUUUUUAAAAUAAAAAAUCUGAAGACCGAGA